GGGAGAGAGAAAGAGGGAAGUAGUGACACACUGGCAGUCAGUAGCUUACAGUGUCGUUGCAUUUCGGACAUACAUCUGCUAAUGAAUAAAAACCCUGAUAUUUCUUCUUGGAGCUCUCUGACAGGAUGGCAUCACAGGAGGGGGAGGAGCCUCCUCCAAACACACGUCAACCAGAUAGUCGUCUAAAGAGCAAGAAGCCGCCCAGCCUUGUAAUAGCCAUCCCUCCUCCUGAGGAGAUGAUGUCACGUGACCCAGCAAGACAGCCACUACGACCGUCCCUGAAAAAAAGUGCAAGUGGUCAAGCAACAAGUUCGGUGUCCGAGAGCAUCAGUGGAGCCAGAGAAGGUGCAGGAGAUGGAGGCUUCUCAUUCAGAGACAGAAGAGCAAAGUUUGGAAGACAAACGUCGCUCUCACAAAGCAUCCGCAGGAAUACAGCCCAGUGGUUUGGGGUGGGGGAAGACUGUGAGACCAAGCAGCAGGUAUGGCACAGGAAGAGCCUUCGCCACUGCAGCCAGCGCUACGGCAAGCUGAAGGCCCAGUACAGAGAGCCUGAGACGGCCACCAGCUUCGACCAGGGCCCAGAGUCACCAGCAACAAGCAGGAUGCCCAAGAUUAGGGAUCCCCUGGCACGGGGGCGAGCCUUCCGUUGCCCAGAUGACAUGGACGGGCGCUCCCCGAGGACGCCUCACACUGCUCAGGGGGGUCCUGUCACACCAGGUGUCACCUCACUCAGCUCCUUCACCAGCCAGCGCUCUGGCUACAACCGCUUCCCCAGACGUAAGAGGGAGUCUGUGGCCCGCAUGAGCAUCCGAGCUGCAUCCAACCUGCUGAGGGGUCAUAGUGGCUUGGCAGGCUCCCAGACAGGUCGCAGUUUCCCCAAGAGGAGCUUUGUCAGGCCCAGCUGGAUGGACGAGGACACCGUGGACUCUGCAGACACGUCAGCGUCGCUCUUCUUCAGCAAGGUUGAUGCCCAUGAUGAGUUUUACUCUAUGGCUGAUGACGUAUUUGAAUCGCCUCCCAUGUCUGCAGCUUUUGCUCCCAGCGAUCAGCCUGACCUGAAAUUCCCGAGCCUUAAGGACGUAUCUCGAACACCCAGGACACCAACAGUAGCUCCAGAAAAGACCCGUCCUCGUCGGGGUGGUCGCAUCGCCUCCCAAGUUAAGCACUUUGCAUUUGACAAACACAAGCGUCAGUACGGGAUGGGCGUCGUGGGUAAGUGGCUGAACCGCCACUACCGCCGCAGCCUCAGCAGCAACGUCCAGAAGCAGCUGGACGACUUCCACAGCCACAGGCCCUACUUUUCCUACUGGAUCACGUUUGUCCAUAUAGUCAUCACUUUGCUGGCCUGUUGUACAUACGGAUUUGCCCCUGUGGGGUUUGCACAACAUUCUACGUCUGAACUGGUGCUGAAGAACAAAGGCAUUUAUGAGAGUGUCAAAUAUAUCCAACAGGAAAACUUCUGGAUUGGUCCGAGCUCUGAUGACCUGAUCCACCUGGGAGCCAAGUUCUCACCAUGCAUCCGUCAGGACACACAGAUAGUCAGUCUGAUCCAGAAGGCCAAAGAUCAGGAGAGAGAGUCCGGCUGCUGCGUUCAGAAUGACAACUCGGGAUGUGUGCAGACCCACAGCUCCGACUGCUCUGAGACGCUGGCCACCUUCAUUAAAUGGAGCAACGAGCAGGUGGACAUCCCCAGGUCCUCUGGUUCUGUUUGUCACCAGGAUCCCAGAGUGUGUGAGGAGCCUGCCUCUGCAGAGCCUCAUACAUGGCCGGAUGACAUCACCCAGUGGCCGGUGUGUACAUAUCCCAAGCAGUGGAACCACACAGGCUACACACACAUGGACUGUAACAUCAAGGGACGGCCUUGCUGCAUAGGAACUAAGGGCAGAUGUGAGAUCACGACCAGAGAAUUUUGCGCUUUCAUGCAUGGUUACUUCCACGAGGAGGCCACACUCUGCUCUCAGGUCCACUGUCUACAUGAUGUGUGUGGCUUGUUGCCCUUCCUCAAUCCCGAUGUUCCUGAUCAGUUCUACCGUCUCUGGCUCUCUCUCUUCCUCCAUGCUGGGCUGCUACACUGCGUGGUGUCGGUGGUGUUCCAGAUGACCAUACUGAGAGACCUGGAGAAGCUGGCAGGUUGGGUCCGUAUCUCCAUCAUUUACAUCCUCAGCGGUAUCACUGGAAACCUCGCCUCCGCCCUGUUCCUGCCCUACAGAGCUGAGGUGGGUCCAGCAGGGUCUCAGUUUGGACUCCUCGCUUGCCUGUUUUUUCGAGCUGUUCAAGGUUGGCAGAUGCUGGAGAAGCCAUGGAAGGCCUUCCUCAAGCUGCUGGGCAUCGUCCUCUUCCUCUUCCUGUGCGGCCUCCUGCCGUGGAUUGACAACAUUGCGCACAUCUUCGGCUUUCUCAGCGGCAUGCUGCUGUCCUUCGCCUUCCUGCCCUAUGUCACAUUCGGGACGUUUGACAAGUACCGGAAACGUAUCCUAAUCGCCGUCUCCAUGCUGGCCUACAUUGGGCUGUUCUCCUCCCUCAUUGUUUGGUUUUACAUAAAACCGAUUAACUGGCACUGGCUGGAGCAUCUCACCUGCCUGCCCUUCACGAGCAAGUUCUGUGAAAAAUAUGACAUAGACCAUGACAUCAAUGAUGUGGUGCACUAGUCUCUAGGCUGCAGAUGAUGUGGCUGUGCUACUGAUCCACUGUCCUCUAACCAAUGACCGGGUCAGCUGGUUCCAGAUCAGCUCAGUGGCCUUCAUAAUGUGACAGUCUUGUUUGUUAUACCCUUAUCAGAGGGCCUGAUGGAAGUCUAUGUGAGUGGAGCUGAAUCAGUCUCCUCUCCACAGCCUGCUGACUUGCUCACCGUACCGUAAAACUUUACUCAACCUGCAUAAUCCUCAGCCAAGCCUGGCACUACCCAGGGCGUUAAUUUGCUAAUGGGCUAGCAGAUCCUAAGAAUCAUAGGACAGGAAAAGAUUCUAAGGACGUUAAAACUACACAGAGCUUGGUCGACCCAAAGGAAAAGAUCUACAGAGCGAGGCACUGACUUCGACCUGAAGGAGCCAGACAAAUUGAACAAGCUAAAUGAAUCACCUCUGGCCUACAAUCACUUUUCCUUUUAUCGACGACAACCAGCUGAGAUUAAAAGGAAGGCUGAUGUCGGGGAUGGUCAUCAGGUAUCUUGUGGCUCAGUAAACUGAGAUACAUUAGACACUUCCUGCCACUAACUCAUGUUUUCAGUAACACUGGGUUCAACACUACAAAUGCUGUCAUUCAGUUCUGCAGCUUCUCUACGUUUUAACAGUCGUGAAAGAACUGUUUUUAUCUCCCCUGUUUUCUAUGUAUGCACUCGGCAUGUCUUUGGAGCAGUGAGAUGUUAUGCUAAAGGUAACAAGGUGUUCAAAGUAUUAAUUGUGCAGCUGGAAUGGUGCAAAAUAUCAGUGGUCAACUAAGGUAAGAUUUUUAUCUGAAACCACUAGUUGCCUUAAACAGAUUAUGCCAUUUUACAAAGAUGCCUAAUUUUCCUUUUGCACACUGCUCAUGAUCAAGCUCCUGAAUGCUGACGAACGAGUCUACCAAAGCAACUACACGUGCUGAUUAUAUAUGCAUGACGAUCUUAAAUCCUUUCGUUUUCUGUAAGUCACUGCCACACACACACACACACACACACACACACACACGUUCUCAGUCAAGCUCUACAUAUUUGUCUGCUAACACAGUGGUGCCUAAACCAUUUUGUAUAUUUGGUUUAAAAAAAUAAUGAAAAAGAUAUUUAUUCCAGGAGUAAUGAUCAAAGCAGACAGUUUGUGUUAGCUCAAAGUAAGUUUUGUACUGUAUUUUUUGACUCUGUGAAAGCAAACAGUGACAGGAUCACAAGAUGUCAUUUUGUUUCACCUGAGCCUUAAUGUGUGUGAAAUAUACCGUAAAAAAAGGCUUUGUUUUAACCAUACAUUUGUCAAUACUCUCCUUGACAAAAACAAUGCAAGAAUGAUGAUUUUGAACAGUUUUUAAUAGUGUUGAUGCAGACAUACGAUUUUUGUCAAAGUCUUGUCCCUUACGUGUGCACUUUUCACGCAUGUCUUUUUGUCAGGAUGCUAGCAGCUGAUAGUUUGGGCUGUGGUUCAUGUCCCACAGUACAUUGUUGCUGUUCUGGUAUGUCAGCCUGUAAGUGUGAUAAGUAUAUUUUAGAAAGAUUUUCUCCCAUGGGUUCCCAGCUUUUGCCUUGUUUUGUUGUUUGUGGUUCUGGCAUGCAUUGGCCCCGGCUGUAGGAAAGCCACCGUAAUGACUGUUGUGUGGAGGAUUAUGUGAGUUACUAAGUGAGUUAUGAGAUUACAUGAGUUUGUCAGUGGAGCUGACUCACUUGUCAUCUGGUGUUGUUGAGAACAUGAGUUGUGGAAUACAGAAAA